GUAUUAUCUCAUUAUUUCCAAAGGGUAAAUGAAAAAAUGAAUGUGGAUAAAAUAGUUUUUGCAUUAUGUAUUAUAUGUUUUUAUGUUCCAAAUAUCCUUCAAACAUUAUUAAUUUUAGCAAAAUGGCCAGUUAAUUAUUACUUUGUCAAAGCAUGCGUGUUUAUAUUGCUUAUAGCCUUAACAAGAAAUGUAUCCUACUUUAUUGAUAAAAUACCUAAAAACUUUCUGGCUACAUCAACAAGUGUGACUCAAUGUUCAAUCAGAGCUUUUACAAAGAAUGACAUACAUGAAAUAUUUAAGGAGUCGCAAAUAUCAGCGGAAGAAAUGCGUCAAAUACAGGAAACGAUGCAAUCAAAAAUUGAUGAAAUGCAGUCAAAAAUGAACGAAAUGAAAUCAUCAAUGGAUAAAAUAAAAAAUGAUCAACCAAAAGAUGAAAGUGUAUGAAAAAAGCAAUAUUUCACGCCAAAGUUUCUUAUAUUUCGUAUUUGAAUAGUAUUA